AGGAUGCAGAGGGGUAAAAGGCAUGACCAGGGCCCCUCCAAGCACAACCGCCGGCGGAACGCCAUGGAUUACGAGGACCCCGAGAAGGAGUUCAAGAAGCAGCGGUGGGUGGCCCGCUUCCAGCACGGCCACUCCAAGAAGCUGCACCUGGAGCCCCUCAUCCUGUCCAUCAACAGCCUGGACCCUGCCGGCUCGGAGAGCCUGGAAAACCCACUCCCAGAUAGCGCUGGAGAAGGGAAAUCAUGAGGAAUUCAACCAGUGCCAGACCCAGCUCAAGUCUCUUUAUGCGGAGAACCUGCCGGGCAACGUGGGGGAGUUCACCGCCUACCGCAUCCUCUAUUACAUCUUCACCAAGAACUCCGGCGACAUCACCACGGAGCUGGCCUACCUGACCAAGGAGCUGAAGGUGGACCCCUGCGUGGCCCACGCGCUGGCCCUGCGCGCCACCUGGGCCCUGUCCAACUACCACCGCUUCUUCGGGCUCUACCGUCAGGCACCCUGCAUGUCCGGCUACCUCAUCGACAAGUUCGCCAAGCGGGAGAGGAAGGCGGCGCUCAAAGCCAUGAUCAAAACUUUCCGCCCAGUGCUCCCCAUCUCCUACGUUCAGUCCGAGCUGGCCUUUGAGGCUGCGGAGGAGUGCCAGCUCUUCCUAGCCGCUCUGUCACUGGUGUACACGGGCACUGAUGCAACCAAGAUUGACUGCAGGCAGAGCUUAGCAGUCCUGGCCAACUUCUAACCUCCCCCUCCAAAGCCCCCCCUCUAAUCGCAACCAAAGGGUAAUGGCGGCUCGGUGUGUGCCACAGGCCAGCCACCGGGGCAUGCCCUCUGCCCCCACGCACCUCCGCAGACGGACGAGGGUAAGCCGGCCGGCAGCUGGAUAGCUCCUCCAUGGCGUGCC